UCAGGGAGGGGUGGGAGCCUCUUUAAAAGCCCCACUGGGCCCCAUGCUAUGGGUGCGAGGUGAGCAGAGAGCGGUGCCAGCGGCUCCCAUUGACCGCGCUGCGGAGCGGGGACAGACGGACACAGCAGGACCCACACGGGCUCUGAGGCAGCGAUGGCCGAGUGCACGGAGCUGGAAUGGGCUGUCCAGGUGCUGGUGAACAACUUCGACAAGUACUCGAGCCGCAGGUGCUGCUGCAAGAAGCCAAGACGCAUCAGCAAGAAGGACUUCCGCAAGAUGCUGAGCUGUGAGCUCAACCACAUGCUCACGGACACCGGGAAUCGCCGCGCGGCCGAUAAACUCAUCUGUGACCUGGAUGAGAACAAGGACGGACGCAUCAGCUUCGAGGAAUACUGGACCUUGAUAGGCGGCAUCGCCAGCCCCAUCGCCCAGAUCAUCCGCCAGCAGGAGCAGAGCGUCAAGCACACCAAGUAGUGGCUCCGGCAGAGCCCCCAUCAUCACCUCCUGCUCCUCCAUCACCUCCUGCUCCUCCAUCACCUCCUGCUCCUCCAUCCCUCCCUGCUUCUCCCCCAGUCCCAUUGCUAAGCCCAUCCCCGAGCCCCCUGCUCGCCCUGGGGCACCCUGGUCUCCCAGAGCCAUGCCAGGGUGUGAUGGGGUGGGAGGAACCUAUGGGUGGGAGUUGGGGGGUGCGAGGCCAUGGCAGCCUCGGGGGGGCCUUGGGCUGUGCUAUCCCUGCCUUCAUCCUCACCCCCAAGCCCUCGCUGGGCAAGGAGCCAUGGGAUGGGCUUCUCCUCAGCCAGGACAUGAGUUCUGGCUGUUCUCUGGGGCACACAGCCCAUCACAGCCCAGACCCCUCCCAAGGGAUGGGGUUUUCCUAUGGGAUGAAGGGUCCUUUCCCCUUGCCCAAGCUGGUGCAGGCUCUGCCCCGCUGGUGUCCUUCAGGCUCGGGGAGCUGCGGUCCCAUCCGGCCGGCACCACUCGGCCUUAUUUAUUGCAGCAAUAAAGAACGGAGGAGCAGCCGGUGA